AUGAUUAAAGCUUAUCCUUCCUCCCGCCUAAACAAAGGUCCAGCGUCCAAGAAAAUGGCGCCAGCAUUUUCAUGGCUCAAAACAGACGAAACAGCAAAAGAGGCACUCCUAAGGAUCCUCACGGAGCGGCCGUCCGUCGUUUUGCCGCCGCCGCUCCACCGUCUUCCCCUCCGAGCCGGAAACGUCGUCGAGAUUGCUGGCCCCUCUCCUUCCGCCAAAACCCUAAUCCUCACUCAGGCUGCGAUUAGCUGUAUUUUGCCUAAAGAAUGUAAUGCUGUGCAAUACGGAGGUCUUGAGCGCAAUGUGUUCUAUAUCGAUUUGGACUGUCGUUUUGAUGCCGUGAGCUUUUCACGUGCUCUAGAAAGCCGAAUUAAUGGGGCUAAUGGUAAAAUUUGUUGCAUGAAGAGAAAUGAAAAGGAAUAUCAUAAGGAGUUGUUUGUAUCGUGUAUGAGGCGAUUCAUGUAUACCCGAUGUUACAAUAGUUUCGAGUUUCUUGCCACUCUUAAGGCACUUCAUUAUCAGAUUUUGCGAGAUAAGGAGAAGCAAGGCACUACUGCUUAUAUGCUAAUAAUUGACAGCAUUGGAGCUUUUUACUGGAUGGAUCGUGCUUUAUCAUCUUCAUCAGCAGGGACCAACAACAGGAAAAGCCUCUCUCUUCAGACAAUAACAGAAGCAAUAGUUCGGGAAAUCCAGAGGCUUCUGCAGGUGCAUCCCAUGCUUGUUUUAGCUGCCAAAUCAGCUACAUUUGGCGACAAGCAAUCAGCAUCUGAAGUAAUGAGAAAUUCAGGAAAAUGGGCUGACGAGCAGUCGUUAGAUUCAUGUGGUCCUCGGAGCGUAAUGUCACAUAAAGACUACAUGCCAUCUGUGUGGCAGUCCUUCGUUACCCACAGAGUGCUUUUGCGGCCUUCAGAUAGUGAAAGCAAAUAUCACAACCGUCCUGCUUUUACAACACAAUGGCUUUCGCCACCACUCACGUUCUCGGAUGGUUUUACAAUACACGAUGUAUGA